AUGGAAGAAAUUAUCAACGAGGGAGUAAGAAGAUCAACUGCAGUCUAUAAUCUAAGCGAAACUGACAAUUUUAACUCAUAUCAGGAAGUGGAUAGUGAGGACUUGGAUAGUGAAGAAUUAGACGGUAGUGACGAUGCGAAUGAUUCAGAUUCAUCAAGCGAUGCAGGUGCUGAUGGUCAAAAUAAUGAGGCAAAUUAUACGGAGGAACAUACUCCUAGUGCGCCAUGGUUUGCAACUGAAGAUGUCACCAACAAUGAUAAUCCAGGUUUUAUUCCGAACUUUAAUCCACUUACAGAUGAUCUGUUUGAAGGUCAGUGUUUUGCAGAUAAGCAAACUGCUAUUAGUGCAAUAAAAGAGAUCCAUAUCAAAAAAUCCAGAAACUAUCAUGUUGUGAAGAGUACUACAACAUUGUAUGAGGCAAAAUGUGUUGUGUCUGGAUGUCCAUGGCGAAUUAGAGCUAUAAAAAGAAAGAGAUAUGGUCACUUCGAAAUCACCAAACUCCCUGUUGAACACAAUUGUCUUUUGAGAACAAUCCAACGAGAUCACAAGCAACUUAGCUCAAAGUUAAUUGCAGAUGUUAUCAAAAAUCAAGUAAAGGAGAGCCUGUACUUAAAAGUAAGAAAUAUCCAGAGCCAAAUUACGGAGAUGUAUAAAUAUCAUGUUAGCUACAAGAAGGCAUGGAUCGGAAAGCAAAAGGCCAUAUCAGAUGUGUAUGGUGAUUGGGCUACUUCGUACUCCAAGCUUCCACAAUUUUUAACUGCUUUGAUGCAUUUUAAUCCAGGUACAAGAGCUAUUAUUGAAGCUGAAAAUAUAACUGGAGAUGAAAUUACAUCAGUGUGCAAACGUGUAUGGUGGGCAUUCAAGCCGAUGGUUGAUGGAUGGCGACAUGCUAGACCUGUUAUUAGCAUUGAUGGUACAUUUCUAAAAGGAAGGUACAAUGGAAAAUUGUUGAUCGCAAUGGGGUUCGAUUCAAAUAACCAUCAAUAUCCACUUGCUUAUGGCCUUGUUGAUGAAGAAACAACAAUCAAUUGGUCAUGUAAUUUCAGUUCAGCAUAUCCUGGAACACAUUUGAAGAUGUUAUGUUGGCUAGCUGGAAAUACAUCUCAAGUGAGAAAGUUCGAUGCAGCAAUGAAGCAAAUUAAAGAGCUCAAUCCUGAUGCAGAAAAUGGCUUCGUAAUAUCCCGCUUGAGAUGUGGACAAUGUCUUUUGAUGGAGGACAUCGUUAUGGGCAAGCAACGACAAAUAUGA